AUGAUGCUUCGUAUGGGCUUCCACCCUCGGUGGGUUGAUCUUAUGAUGGCAACAGUGAUGAAUGUGAAGUAUACGGUUGUCCAUAGUGGUCGGAGUAUGGGUCCUAUUACUCCGACUCGCGGUAUUAGACAAGGUGACCCCCUGUCACCUUACCUAUUCCUUCUUUGUGCUGAAGGUUUUUCUUCUUUGAUCAAGCAAUUCGAAAGAAAUGGUGAAUUGAAGGGCUGUAAAGUAGCUAAUGGAGCUCCAACUAUCUCACAUAUGCUAUUCGCUGAUGAUAGCUACAUUUACUGUCGUGCUACUGAGGAAGAGGCUCAAAAUGUCCUUCGUUUGCUUAAUUUGUUUGAAGCUGCUUCGGGUCAAAGGGUAAACUAUGCGAAAUCUUCUAUCUUUUUUAGUGCUAAUACUCCGAUGGAUUUGCGAAGACAGAUUGUGCAACCGUUUGGGAAUGGUAGCUGCUGA